AGUAAACAGCGUCGCUGACCAGGUGCGUGGGGCGAUUUCAAGCGCUUGCGAAAGCGGGAGUAAAGAAGGCGGACGGCGCACCGAGGAAAAGUCUUUCUCUGCUCGUCGCGUUUCUCUCAUGUGGAGCUGUCCGCACACAUUCGCGGCCUUCGAGACGGACGCGUGUGGAAGCGGCGCUGUGUGUCUGUCUGUCUGUGUGUGACACGGUGUGAGAGUGAACGCCGCGACGAUCGACGGCGAUGGUGCUGCUGAGGAGCUUCCCCCCUCCGAGCGCUGGGGUCCGGCUGCAGCAGGAGCACACGGGCGCCGUGCUGGACGGCAAGGAGCUCGGCACGGGCACGUUGUACGUGGCGGAGAGCCGCCUGUCCUGGGUCAACAGCGCCGGGAUGGGUUUUUCUCUCGAGUACCCGAGCAUUGGCCUCCACGCCAUUUCCAGGGACCCGAGCGCCUACCCCCAGGAGCACCUCUACGUCAUGGUCAAUGCCAGGCUCAAGGAAGAGUCUGAAAUGGAGGCCGAGAAGGAGAGCGAGGACGACGGCGACGAGUGUGACAGCGAAGAGGAUGACGACUCGGAGGCCAUCACAGAAAUUCGCUUUGUGCCCAGCGACAAGUCCGCAUUGGAGCCCAUGUUUGCUGCCAUGUGCGACUGCCAAGCGCUGCACCCUGACCCCGAGGACACAGAUUCAGAUGAUGACUUUGAGGGGGAGGAGCAUGAAGAAGAGGCCGAAGAACAAGGCCAGGGCGAUGUGCCCACCUUCUACACUUAUGAGGAGGGCCUCUCCCAUCUGACCCCGGAGGGCCAGGCUACGCUGGAGAGGCUAGAGGGCAUGCUGGCCUCCUCUGUGACGCAGCAGUUUCACAUGGCUGGUGUCAGAACUGACGACACGGCAGCGGAUUAUGACGAUGGCAUGGAGGUUGACCCAGGUUCGACUGUGGCAGGACAGUUCGAGGAUGCAGAUGUAGAUCACUGAUGCAAUGGAACCAUGUUGGCUGAGCCUCAAUGGGACAAUGUGUUGUGAUGUUGGUGAAAACUUUGUCCAAGAGUCACGCGUAUCCACCAGAUCACUCCUGCCGACUGGCAGACUCUGCGCAUCGUUCGACGCCCAUCGCUUUCUGCUUCCCAUUGCAUCAUAACUGAAGAAUGAUGAGUCCUUGUAGAAAAACGUGUUGAAUAAAACAGAUUUUU